CUAAAGUGCAGGAAGAGAUUGACCAUGUGGUUGGAAGACACCGGAGGCCCUGUAUGCAGGACAGGAGCAGCAUGCCCUACACAGAUGCCGUGAUACACGAGGUCCAGAGAUACGUUGACUUCAUCCCCACCAACCUGCCUCAUGCAACAACUUCUGACGUUAAAUUCAGGAACUAUCUCAUUCCCAAGGGAACAACUGUGUUAACGUCCCUGACAUCUGUACUGAAGGACAGCAAGGAGUUCUCCGACCCAGAGAAGUUUGACCCUGCCCACUUUCUAGAUGAGAAAGGAAACUUUAAGAAAAGUGACUACUUUAUGCCUUUUUCAGCAGGUAACAGGAACUCAUUUCCAUGGCUCAAGAUGACAGUAAGGAACAGCUGGAACUCACAGUGAGACUUCCAUGGUGCU